CUGACGGCGGGUCACGUGACCGCGCUGUCCCUUGGACGGGCGUAGAGGUGUGUCGCGCUCAGCUGCAAAGGGACAGGAAGGACUUACACCUGACGACUGACGGACGGCCGUGGGAGGAGUGGUAGGAUGUGAUGGUGUGUGGGAGCUCCAGACGCAGGAAGUCAUCCCGCGGGAGGCCUUCGUGGAGGGAAACGGCCGUCGCUGUUGGAGGAGAGCUCCCUCAGCCUAGAUUUCCUGUUGAGAGUACUGCAUUUAUAUUUGGGGAACUUCACAUUGUGGCCCAGACAGAUACCUCUAAGUCCCACAUGCAUCCCAGGGCAGAUACAUAACUAAUCCACGCCUGUGGAUUUUUUUUCAAUCUCAGCCAAAGGACAGGGGUGUGUGACUCUUCUCCAGCUAGUGGACUGUUUUGUGGUGGGAAAGACUUCUCCUGCGGAUGCCUGCUUUGUGGGCUGGUUGGCAUAGGUGGUGAAUGAGGUUUGUUCCUUUAUACCAUUCUGUAGAAGUCUGCAGGUAGCUGUUCAUUUUGAAUUUAAUUAAGAAAGCGGACAACAGCUGUUCAUUUGGAUCCAAGGUCUAUCUCCAGUGGUGGCUGUGGUGGCCUUGGAGUGACAGAAGAUCAUCACCUUCAGUCCAGUAAAAGAGUAUCAAGACACUGACCUGGGACACAUUGAGGACCAAGGCCAAGAUUAUAGAGCUAUCUAUAUAACUGGGCUUCAACCAUGACUGGGGUUAAGAAUGCAAGUAGAAGGAAUAGGAAUAGAAAGAAUGAGAAUAAAAAGAAGGCCAAAACUGAAAAAAGGGCUGGUGUAGAGGCUGAAGCAAAGAGGGAGGCUACUGGCGUAGUCAAAUCUGUAGCCAAGACCCCGGCCAAAGCAGUGGCCAAGGCAGGGCCUCAGGAAGAUGCAGGGGCAAAGAUGAAGGCAGCAUCUAAGAACAAGAUUGUUACUGAGGUGAAGGAAGGAGCCCUGUCAGAUUUUAGGCCCAAAGCUGAAGAUGAAGCCACUAGAUCAUCUCGGUUUUGUUCUGUGGCUGAAGCUAGCGCUGAGUCCAGAACUACAUGUAAAGAUAAGACUGGUGUUGAUACCUUGUUCUGGGCUGGGGAAGAGGCCAGUGAUAGCUCCUGGUUCUGGAAUGGAGAAGAGUCUGGUAAUCAUAUCUGUGCUAAGGAUGAAGGUAAAGCUGAUGUUACUCCCCUGUCCUAUGCUGAGAAGUUGGAGCCUGUGGCUGGGGCCAGUGGCAAGACUAAGCCAGCGGCUGAAGAGGAGGAGGAAGAGAAUGUUAUUGGGAACUGGUUUUGGGAUGGAGAUGAAACUAGUUUUGACCCUAACCCUAGACCUGUGAGCAGGAUAAUCAGGCCCCAACCUGUGGAUGAAAUUAAUGAAAAAGAUAGACCCAAGGACUGGUCUGAGGUAACGAUCUGGCCCAAAGCCCCUGCUGUAACUCCAGCAGUGUUAGGCUUUAGAUCCCAGGCCUCAUCUGAGACAAAGCCUCCUUCGUAUAUUGUCCUGGCCUCAGCUGAGGAAAAUACCCAUUCUUUGCCUGCGGCAACAGCGUGCUCUUCUAGGAGCACUCCCUCAGGCACACAGCCUGUCCCUGAGUACGCAUUUGGUUCUGACCCCUGCAUCCAGACCAUAGAGGAGAUUAGACGCCAAAUCAGGAUCAGGGAGGUGAAUGGGAUUAAGCCAUUUGCUUGCCCUUGCAAAAUGGAAUGCUACAUGGAUUCUGAGGAAUUUGAAAAACUGGUUACCUUACUUAAGUCAACUACUGAUCCUCUUAUUCAUAAAAUCGCUCAGAUUGCGAUGGGGAUCAUUAAUGUUCACCCAUUUGCCCAAGAGUUCAUUAAUGAGGUGGGUGUGGUGACACUUAUUGAAAGCUUACUCAGUUUUCCUUCCUCUGAGAUGAGAAAAAAGGCAGUAAUUACUCUGAAUCCCCCCUCUGGAGAUGAAAGACAACGCAAGGUUGAAUUACAUGUUAAGCAUAUGUGUAAGGAAACCAUGUCUUUUCCCUUGAACUCACCCGGACAGCAGUCUGGAUUAAAGAUACUAGGACAACUGACUACUGAUUCUAACCAUCACCACAUUGUUGCCAGUUACUUUUCAGAGCUUUUCCAUUUGCUAUCCCUGGGAAAUCGUAAAACCAGAAAUCUUGUUUUGAAAGUACUUUUGAAUAUGUCUGAAAAUCCAACUGCAGCCAGAGACAUGAUCAAUACAGAGGCAUUAGCAGCAUUAAAACUCAUCUUUAACCAGAAAGAGGCAAAAGCCAAUCUCGUUAGUGCUGUGGCCAUAUUUAUUAACAUAAAGGAGCAUAUCAGAAAGGGCUCAAUUGUAGUUGUUGAUCACUUGAGUUACAGUACACUCAUGGCCAUUUUCCGUGAAGUUAAAGUGAUUAUUGAAACAAUGUAAAAUGAGCCAGAAAUAGACUGGUUUGAACAAUCUCCAAACUCUAAUAGGCUAUCUGUUCCCAUGUGUAAUGUUUUGGUUAUUAUAGUGUGUACAUUAUACGUUAUGUCUGUAACACAAUAUUACCUGUGACAGUCUAGGUUUGAGCUAGACCAUUUUGUCAAAGUAAUAUUUUAUUGUGAGCUGAAAACUGCUAUAGAUUUUUGUCUUGUGUAGAUGGGGAGCUCUUUACCAUUUAACUUAAGAAGAUAGCAAACUGGUGCAUCGUAAGUAAGCUAACUUGUUAAUUAGUAUCUGCUUAGAUCCAUUUGUGGCUUCAAAUGGUUAAAAAACAAAAUAUCCUUGAAUUUAUCAUCUAGUUGCAGAAAUAGAGCAUAUAUACACAAGAAGAUAUCUAAUAGUACACAUAUUCACAUACAUACACACACAUACACUCGUUGCCAAAUGUGCACUCUCAAAAGGCAAAGAAGGCAGGGUUGCUGCAGGCUACUUAAUGUGAAAGGAAUUACUGUUUUUCCGCUAUUCUACCUGAAUCAGAUAACUCAUUCCACAAACACAAAUGGCCCUGAAUCUCAGAUAAAAUGUAAUGCUCAUUUUUUUAUUUUGCUACAUUUGUAACUCUUAUAUUAGGCUGUUUCAUUUACGUCAGGUCAUCUCACAGGAGAGGAGGGAGGAGGUAGGUGUAGGGAGGCAACAUUUCCUGAGACUCAUGUCAGACUCUGUGUUGGCACUAUAUUUUACAGGUUUCCUCUUCUCACCAUGGUCCUCUGAGCUAGGUAUUGAUAUUUUUUAUGAUUAUAACUCAUUAUUCGGAAUCCCCUCCAAUGAGGAUUAAACUUUUUCCUAGAUUCCCACAGCAGGCAGGUGGCAUAGCUAUUUUGUCUGAUAAAGAACCCACUCUAGUUACACAACUUUAUAGUCCUCUUUCUUUUUUAUGUGGUGGCCUUCCAGGCUCACAGGCUGGUUUUAAUGAUUCAGUUUUGCUGUAGAUAAUGUCUCUGCCAGUCUUGAAAUUCUUAACUUCCUCUAACUGCGCAUGUCCCUUAGGCAUGUGGCUAUACCUUGCUGGGAGUCAGAAGACAAGUCUGAAAUGAGUGUAUGGAUUUGAGCUGAAGAGAAUGUCUCAAUGUGUAAAACUAUUGGGUUAUAUGCUUUGAGAUUGUUAAUUGUUAAGAAACUAAAACAAGAUCAUACUGUAAAUAUUGUUUGUAACUUGCUUUCCCCCCCACUAACUGUAUGUUGUGAUCAUCUUUCCAUGUCAAUAAAUAGGCUUCUACAAAUA